UCCUUCGUUACCACUAUCGUAAGCUCUGCACCGUCCAUUUACAUCUCCAAAAAGUAUAAAAAGUCUGUCUCGUUCUUCGAAUAGUCAUUCCGGCGAUUGUCGUCAACUAGCAAGCUUAUCUCUACAUCAGGAGCACAACAGCGUCAACUUCAUUCAAGAUGAAGGCUUAUAUCUGUUUGGUCGUUCUGGUGUGCCUGGGCUCUGUCCUCUCGGCUAAAACUAAUGAAGCCGACGAGGUUGUUGUGAAACAAUAUCUAGGAGCGCCCUGUGGUUUUGAUUCUCCACCUUGCGAUCCCGGCUUGACCUGCAUGCCAUGGGGAAGGUGCGAGUUUACUCGCAAGAGAAUGGCAAAUGUUGAAGCCGACGAGGUUGUUGUGAAACAAUAUCUAGGAGCGCCCUGUGGUUUUGAUUCUCCACCGUGCGAUCCCGGCUUGACCUGCAUGCCAUGGGGAAGGUGCGAGUUUACUCGCAAGAGAAUGGCAAAUGUUGAAGCCGACGAGGUUGCUGUGAAGCAAUAUCCAGGAGCGCCCUGUGGUUUUGAUUAUCCAAUGUGCGAUCCCGGCUUGACCUGCAUGCCAUGGGGAAAGUGCGACUUUGCUCGCAAGAGAAUGGCAAAAUAUUGAAGAUUCCAAAUGCCAGCAGCCUUGGGAUGAUGAAGUCGCAAUUGAUUAUUUAUUACGGUGUAGGGAUUAAGUUGUAUUGUCUUUGCCUUGUUCGAGUUAAAUGAGACUUUUUGCAUCUACAUGUAAUUGAAAUUCCCACAAGGAAUAAAAGUUGACAAAGCUAACUCCCGUGAGUAAAUUAAUGACAUAUUUCUCGAUUACUAUUUAAUCUGAUCCUAGUCUGAAUCUUUAUCUGGAAAUGAACAACAACACCCGAUGGGUGUCACGAUUGUGAAGCUACCACUGCGAGUUUCUCUGACACAACUUCCUUCUUUGCAUCGCAUUUAUUUAUCAUGUUGUCUUGUUAUUACAUAGGCCUUUCUUUACAGCUUGCUGAAAUCAGUUGUCACUUACAAGAUAUUAUACAGUGAAUUAUGAAGACUUAAAACUGACCUGUAGGCAGAUGAGAAAAAUCAUACGCUAUAUCUGAACUAAACAAAAGCAUGAAAAGUCGUUCUGGGUGGUGGGUCUUAAUUAUUGUAAUCACACUUUUAAGAUUUCUGUUGAAUAAAUGCUGUUGGCAUGGUAUGAGCUCCUGCGACCAAAGUUA